AUGACCACACUCCCACCAUCCCUUCCAGACGACAUCCUCCAACAUAUCCUCACCCUCAUCCAAUCCGACCCCUCUCCUCCCAUAUCCCUCCUCAACGUACUAUGCAGAACCUCCAAGUCACUCUACCGCAAAUUCAUUCCGAUCCUAUACAAUCAUCUAGACUUAUCUUAUCAGAAAACAGACGGUAUAUUCGAAGGACUGCGACUCCCUGCUUCAGAAGAUGACAACGUUCAUGUUCCAGAAAGAGAAGAUCGCUCGUCGGUUCUCACUCAACUGACCAACAGCCACGAUAUAGACAUCUUAUCAUCAAAUUUUGAUACCGAUAUUGAACAACGUAAAUUACGUUUGCUCUCGCAUACCACCUCCCUCAAUAUACAUGACAUAUCAUCUCUCGAAACAUUAUCGAAAGCCUUAUCGAUAUAUCAACAUCCUGACGAAGUUGCUCGAUCGGAUAACCCACAGUGUCAGAUAUUCCCAGAUUUACAAUUACUAGAGUUCACCUCAGAAUGUAUAUACGAAAUUUCCCUUCAGACUCAAAGCGGGUCAUCGAAAUAUCACGAAAUCCUUUGGCCCCUCGUCACUGGUUUAAAACCUAGUACUAUCACUUUCAAUUCACCUAUAUGGUCUAGUCAUCCUACCAUUCAAAGAUUCCUUGAGGAUGCCGAUGAGAAAUUACUUGAGACUGCAGGAUUUGGGAUUGUAGCUCAUGGGGAUAUUCCCAAGGAAAUCGUCUCUAUCCAAUAUGGGAUGUUUAAUCUGCUAGAUGAUAUUUGGUGGUAUUUCCCUCUCGAACGGGUCGUCGUGAAUGUAGUAGGGAUGGAGAUGUUACCGUGUACUGGACCUGGAGGAUGCGGUGUAGAAUAUGAACCGCUUAAAAAGUAUGAAAUACAUUAUGCGACCAGGGAAGAUCUGGACAAGAUAGAUUGUCUGAAGGUGGAAGGGGCGAUGGAGGUUUUAAAGGAAAGUAGGAAGAUGAGGUUGAAGACCAGGUUGGAGGAUUAUCAUGAAGAGGAGUAUGAGAUGAGGGAAGAUGGGGAAGAAGAUAGGUUUCGGACGGAGUUUGAGAUUAAAAGGUAUGGGUUUGGAAGAAAAGGACAGGAAGUAGAAGUGAGACUUGUACAUGUAUUGAACGAUGAGGAAGAGAUUGGGAACCUCGAAAAGAUGGUCAAAUUUACGUGA